GCUAGUAGUGUUUAGAUUGAAGCAUAUUGAAGGUAAAAGUACUAAAUUAUAGUUAUACGGAUAGUUGAAAUUAUAAGUAAAUUGUGUGUGUUCGAAUUGGACUUUUAAUUUUUACGGUGGCAUUAAAGUAAAUUGGACUGAAUUUAUAAAGUUGUAAGAGAUAUCAAUACAAUCUCUUAAUCUGCACCAGAAACAACUGUAGCACCUAUAAUCACAACCUGUGUGGCUGAGUCUUUGCAAAUGUUCAUACUAUGCUUUAUUUGGUUUUUAAUCGAAGCUACAGAAAAUUUCUUCUUAAGUGCAAUUAUAUGUGUUUAAAAUAUUUUUAUAAAACUUUUAGAGAUAUUACUGUUUGAAUCUUCACUUCUGUUUUAUGUAACACUUCUGUUUGAAUGUGUGCUUCUCUUUUUUUCUUCUUUUUUUUGGCAUUAACUGUUUGAGAUAGUGCUAUUUUGUGUUACAAUUUGUUUCAACUUUGUUUCUAUCUCCACUUUUGCUUUUAAAUUUUAGCAUACGAUUUCAUGUGACGGUAAGAAUCCUGUAUUUAAAAAUUUCAUUCAUAUCUGAAGGCCAAUUUAUAAAUUUAAUAAGUAUGUUUAUAUAGACUUUUGAUGAUAGAUGAAGUGAAUGCUUUAAAAUUGUGUUAAGAAUACUGCUAUUUUGUGUAACUAUUAAAAAUACUUAUAUUAAUUGUCAUUAGUUUUUAAAACCUGUCUUUCAAUAGGGCUCCCAUUAAAUAGGCAUGUCUGAUAAAACUUAUGACCCUCUAACCAACAGCAGUUCUGUUGAAACUAGUGAAACACCUUGUGAUAAAAGUCUUACAUCAGUCGCGUCAACUAAUCAGAGGUUUAACAAUGCAAGUGUUAAAAAACAUUCUUGUGAUGUGUGUAAUAGGAUAUUUUCCACAAAGAGCAAUUUAACUGAACACAGUCUUAUCCAUACAGGUGGAAAACCUUACUCUUGUAACAUAUGCAGUAAGAGUUUCUCACGAAAAAGGCUACUAACGAGGCACCAGUCCGUUCACACCGGCGAGAAACCUUAUUCUUGUGAUAUAUGUAGCAAAAAGUUUUCUCUUAAAAAUGCUUUGACUGAACAUUACCUCUCCCAUAGUGGCGAGAAAAUUUAUUCUUGUAAUAUAUGCCAAAAGAGUUUUUCGAGAAAAAGUUAUUUAAAUAGACACUAUCUUGUCCAUACUGGUGAAAAACCUUAUCCUUGUAGUAUAUGUAAUAAGAAUUUUUUAAGAAAUGGCGAUUUAACUCGGCACAUGUUAGUGCAUACUGGUGAAAAACCUUACUCUUGUAAUGUAUGCGAGAAAAAGUUUUCUGAUAAGAGUAAGGUAACGAGGCAUAACCGUGUUCAUACUGGUGAGAAACCUUAUUCUUGCGUUCUGUGUAAUAAAAGCUAUACUCAAAAAAAUAAUUUAACUGAACACUAUCUUGUUCAUCACAGUGAAAUAUAAUUUUCUUAGUUUUAAUAGUUUUUAAUGCAGUGAUACUGUCUUUAAGUUCUCUACUUCAGAUACUAUACCUAUUUAAUUGGUCAACUUAUUAAAAACUGCCGGUAUAUCACCUAUUCUGUUUCACCUACAUUAGUUUAUUAAAAUUUAAAGUUAAGAGAAACGAUAGUUCAUGUAAAUAAUUUACUUUCAAUCGUGCAAAUAGAUUACUUUGCGUAAUCCUGCCAUAAUUUGUUAAAAAUUUUAUACUUUUUUUAGCGUUGGAAACUUUGCAAUCUACUCCAGGGUGCGUAGCAUUUUUAAAAAGUGAUUAAAGGUACUUAGUUUAUAUUUACGUUUUUUAAUAGAACUUAAAGGUGCUUUUUUUUAUCCGGGUUUGUAAAAGGUGCUUAGUUUUCCAUCUUUUAAAAAGAUUUUUUCUUUGCCAUGUCAAUUGUCAUUCUAAAUUACAGAAAAUGCAUGGUUUUCGCAAUUUUUUCUGCAAUAUUUAUCAGAAACUAGUUAUUGUAUCACGUCACGAUUAUGUACAGUUUUUAAAAAUGUUUUUGAAUUUAUUGAUUUUAUGUUAAUAAAUUAAGAACUUUAAACCAUGGGAAGGAAUUAUUUUUAUUAAUGCACAGAUCCUAAUUAUAAUUUUUUUUUAAGUGAUUAAAAUAUUUUUUGAAUGCUUAAAUGGGACUUAUUUUUUGUUGCAAAAUCUGGCUAUGCACCCUGAAUUAUAUUUUUAGAGAAAGAAAAAAAUUAUCUAAUAUGAAUUAAAAUGAUUUUUAUGUUAGAUUUUUAUUAUCAUAAGAAAUUAUGAACUAUUGUUCUUAACCUCUUGAGAAUAUGGUAAAAUUUUAUCAAUAAAAUAAAUAUUUCUUUUUCUGUUUAUGUACCUUUAUAAUGCGAUUGUCUAUGAAAAAAUAUAAUUGCAUUUGUUCUCAUAGGUAAUAGUUUUUAAUUAGAAUUAUAAGAAGAGUAAGAUAUGAAAUUCAAGUAACAUUUUGGAUAGUUUUAUGUCAUGUAAAUGUGUGUGUGUAUGUAUAUAUAUAUAUAUUAAUAAUGGUCAUAUGCAACUUUAGGUGGUAGCUCAAAGUUCUGAAAUUUAUAAUUUUAUUUUUAUCAAAAUCGUGAAUUUUGAAUAGUAAUUGUUUUAUGAAAGCAUAAUUGUUUUGUUUUUGCGAGUUUUUCUAUUUUAAGUCAUUUAUUCCAACUUAAUAUCUUUUAUUUCAAUAACUUAUGAUUUGAGCCUGAUGGAUUUUGUCUUCUGACCGAAAUGUGAUCAAGUACAAUAUCCUAUAUGAUACAAAAAAGAAAGCAAGAAGUUGAAAUUCAUAAUUUUUUUUAAUGUAAUAAUUAAAAAUAACUGAAAAAAAAUUAUUUUAAUUUUUGAGUUUUAAUUAAAUAAUAUUUUACUACAUUUAUGAGUUUACUUUCUAAGUUACAUAUUGCUAUGUGAAAAUCAGCCAUUAUUUAAUGAGGUUUCACCAGGAUAAUAUAAGUUAAGUUUUGUUAUCUAUGGGCUCAUUUUAUCUAUGCAAACAAUUUUUUAAUAUUCUGUUAUUCCAGAUAAAAAUAAAUGAAUCUUGUUUAGACUGUAAAUUUCUGUGUAAAAGAAGUUUUCUAACAAGUGAUUUUGUUGAACAAAAUUUGUUUAACAAGUUGAAUUCUACGUAAAAAAAAAAAGAUUUUUUUCACCUGUGCAUUGUCUAUAUUUGUGAAAAGUUUUGCAUAUUAUUUAUCUAUACAUAUAUUCCAAACACAUCAUUUGUAUUUGUACUCAUUCAAUAAAAAUAAUUUAAUAAAAUA